AUGCAUGCAGAAAUACGUGCAGCAGCCCUGAAAGACAACGCCAACAUCCUAAGCAAGGCAGCAGCAGAAGCAGCAGCAGCAGCAGCAGAUGCAGCAGCAGCAGAUGCAGCAACAGCAGCAAAAACUAAAUCUGCUGCUGCUGCUGUUGCUGCUGCAGCUUUGGGGCUCCGCUCCAUCCAACAGCCUACAGCAGCAGCAGCAGCAGCAGCAGCAGCAGACCCUGCAGCAGCAGCAGCAGCAGCAGCAGCAGAUCCAAAAGAAGCAACCAAACCACCACCACCACCACCAACAGCAGCAGCAGCAGCAGCAGCAGCAGCAGCAGCAGCAGCAGCAGCAGAGCAGCAGCAGCAGCAGCAGCAGCAGCAGCAGCAGAAGCGUCUUGUCUUUCGCUCCCCCUCACUGCAGCAGCGGGGCUGGCUUGCUGCUCGCAGCAGCAGCACGGGGGCCCCCCUCCCCUGCAUCCUCUACGCAGCAACGCCCCCAGGAAGACUCGCGGUAGCCCCUGCAAGCUUCAUCAGCAGCAGCAGCAGCAGCAGCAGCUGCUGCAGCGACAACAGCACUACCGGCAGCAACACCAGCAGCAGCAACAGCAGCAGCAGCAGCAGCAGCACUAGAAUAAAGAGCAGAGAGAUACCUUGGGUUUCCUUUGGGGGUUUAUUUCGUCUCUAUCGCGCCGAUAAGCAGCAGCAGCAGCAGCAGCAGCGACAACAGCACUACCGGCAGCAACACCAGCAGCAGCAGCAGCAACAGCAGCAGCAGCAGCAGCAGCAGCAGCAGCAAUAG